AUGACUCUUCGCCGCGCCAUGGACCGGGUGUUAGAAGUUGAAAUCAUCGGUGGGGAUCACCAUGGUGAGAUUGCUCUCAUCCCACGGAUAUCCCUCACACCACCGAACAGCCAGGGGAGCUUCACGUUCCUCCUCAAACGCCGACAAUUCCCAGUUCGGCUUGCAUUUACAAUUACAAUCAAUAAAGCGCAGGGUCAAUCUGUCAAAUAUGUGGGGAUUGACCUUCGAAUUCCAGUAUUUACUCAUGGACAGUUGUAUGUUGCUCUCUCCCGUGCAACAUCAGCUCACCGGAUCCGCAUCCUCUUGCCCGACACUUCAAUCGAACCAUUGACGAAAAAUAUUGUAUUUCCAGAAGUUCUAUUAGAUUGA